UGUUAUCGAUUAGAAAUGGCGUCCUCACUGUCUUUCUUUUAAGAAAAAUUCGUGUAUUUCUAUUUACUAUUUAAAUUUAACAGCAUUGUCUGUGUCUGACACGCUGUUUUUUAAAGAGAGAACCGACUGGCCAGAGUGUCCAGGAAGCGGAGGCCAAGAGGAUCGCAGGACGAGGGCGCGGAGCCGAGUGCAAAAACAACGGCCAGCAGGCAGCGACAUGAAAAUGCAUUUGUAGCCCGAGCCCACAACACUGCACACACACACCGUCAGUCUCGCGCACACUCGCACACUAGGAGAAGAGGAAGAAGGAGAAGGCGGAAGCAGAAGCAGGAGAGGAUUGCAAAGGACACCGCUGCAUCAUUGUCACCAUCUUAGCCAGGUGGAGCAAGAGGCGUCGGCGGGGGAGGAGUAGGAGGAGGAGCGGCGGCAACAACAAAUGGCGCUGGUGACGGUGCAGCGCUCUCCCAGUGUGGCUGGCUCCUGCUCGAAUUCGGAUGGCGAGGCCGAGGACGACGAGGGCAAUAGCAAGGGCAACGAUCGCAGCGAGUGCUUCUUUGCCGGCAAGGGGACCGCCCUGGUCCUGGCCCUCAAGGACAUCCCGCCCCAGCAGCACAGUGAGCGCCGCUUGAGCACCGACUCCACCCUCAGCAACAGCACGCAGAGCAACAACUCGGACAUCCAGCUCCAUCUGCAGUCCAUGUUCUACCUGUUGCAGCGCGAGGACACGCUCAAGAUGGCUGUCAAACUGGAGUCGCAGCGGUCCAACCGCACACGCUACCUGGUGAUCGCCUCGCGUAGCUGCUGUCGGAGCGCCACCAGCGAACGUCGGCGGCACCGGAUCAUCCGUCACAAUUCGGCCAAAGUCGGUGGAUCUGCGGGCAGCACGUCGUCCUCCUCCGCGGCGGUCACUACGCAGCGACAACUGUCUGUCGAGCAGACCGCCACGGAGGCCAGCAGCAAAUGUGAUAGAUCAGCGGACAAGGAGAACGCGACGGCGGCCGGCGACAACAAGAAUACCUCGGGCAUGGAGGAGUCCUGUCUGCUGGGCAUCGACUGCAAUGAGCGGACCACUCUUGGCCUGGUGGUUCCCAUCCUGGCGGACACCACUAUCCACCUGGAUGGCGAUGGUGGCUUCAGCGUCAAAGUGUACGAGAAGACGCACAUCUUCAAGCCGGUCUCAGUACAGGCCAUGUGGUCCGCGCUACAGACGCUGCACAAAGUGUCGAAGAAGGCUCGUGAGAACAACUUUUAUGCCAGUGGACCCUCCCACGACUGGCUAUCCAGCUACGAGAGGCGCAUCGAGUCGGACCAAUCCUGUCUGAACGAGUGGAAUGCCAUGGACGCGCUCGAGAGCCGCCGACCACCUUCGCCCGAUGCCAUACGAAACAAACCCCCCGAAAAGGAGGAAACCGAAAGUGUCAUUAAGAUGAAGCUAAAGGCCAUCAUGAUGUCGGUGGACCUGGACGAGGUCACCUCCAAGUACAUACGCGGACGUCUCGAGGAGAUCCUAGACAUGGAUUUAGGCGAGUACAAGUCUUUUAUCGACGCCGAAAUGCUUGUUAUUCUGGGCCAAAUGGAUGCCCCCACCAAGAUAUUCGAGCACGUCUAUCUAGGUUCUGAGUGGAACGCUAGCAACCUUGAGGAGCUGCAGAAAAACGGCGUUCGCCACAUCCUGAAUGUGACACGGGAGAUUGACAACUUCUUUCCGGGCACCUUCGAGUAUUUCAACGUGCGCGUGUACGACGACGAGAAGACGAACCUGCUCAAGUAUUGGGACGACACGUUCCGCUACAUAACGCGGGCGAAGGCCGAGGGCUCCAAAGUGCUGGUGCACUGCAAGAUGGGCGUCAGUAGGUCCGCCUCGGUUGUCAUCGCGUAUGCCAUGAAGGCUUACCAGUGGGAGUUCCAACAGGCGCUAGAGCACGUAAAGAAACGGCGCAGCUGCAUUAAGCCGAACAAGAACUUCCUUAAUCAGCUGGAGACGUAUAACGGCAUGUUGGACGCCAUGAAGAACAAGGAGAAGCUGCAGCGCAGCAAGAGCGAGACGAACUUGAAGAGCACAAAGGACGCGCGACUGUUGCCGGGCAGCGAACCGACUCCCCUCAUCCAGGCGCUUAACCAGGCUAAGUCCAAGUCUACUGGCGAAGCCGGUGUCACGCCCGAUGGUGAGGAGGAAGAUGGCCCACGCCUGCACCGCCGAUCCAGUACUCAAAAGUCACAGCGACGAAUGGUCCGGCGCUCCAGCAGCACCUCGCCCAAAACACAGACGGCAGUCGUGACCAAGCAGCAGAGCCAGUCCAUGGAGAACCUAACGCCUGAGCGUAGCGUGGCCGAGGAGCCCAAGAACAUGCGCUUCCCGGGCAGCAACGGCGAGAACUAUAGCGUCACCCAGAACCAGGUGUUGCACAUCCAGAAGCACACGCCUCUGUCUGUGCGCACGCGGAUUCACGAUCUCGAGGCGCACCGGGCGGACCAGCUGCCGCCGCAGCCUGUCUGGACCUCGCUGACCAAGCUGAUCACACAGACCAACCUGGGAGGAAGCAGCAGUGGCAGCGGCAGUGGAAACACCCAGCCGCGGAGGGAUUCCAGCUCAUCGGAUGUGUUUUCCUCUCAGGUGGACAGCGUCUUUGCCAAGGAGGAAGGAAAGCGACAGCGUCGCAAAACGCACUCCUGGACGGAAUCGUUCGGUCCCAGUGGCGGAAUCGUCCUGGAUCCUACGCCACAACAACAGAAGCAGCAAUCAAGCGCCAUCCUGCUGCGUCCCCGAGACCGACAACGGGAGCCACCUUCGCGGCACGCCAGCUGGGGAUCGGGCGACAACCGUAGCAGUCUGCCGCCAAGGACCAGUUCGGGCUCCUACUACGAUAGCAACCGCAAUACGACGGCGAUCUUCGAGGGUGUUAUCCAGGACCUAAAGCGCAGCGGCAAUUGCAAUGUGAUCGAAGGAAUCCCCGUGGCAGUGGAACCCGGAGUUGGAGUUGGCGAGGGCACCGUGAAACGCACCAAGCAGAAGCUAGAAGAGAGUACCUCUCUGAAGAAGCGCUGCCAGGAAGACAGCCAGGAGCUGCUACUCGAGGCGGUGGAUGCUGGACAGAAGCGGUGCCCGAGUCUCUACAGGAGCGCCUCAUCGGCGCACAGUCCGCGUCAGCGACAGCCGAUACGUUGCAAUAGUGAGGAGCUGAUGCACACCAGCGACAUCGAGAACAAGAACACCACGCCCGGCGACCAGGAAGCGACGGUAGUGCUGCGCGUCCAGGGCCAAACGCUGGCCGAGGAUCAGCGUAUUUCAGGCAAUGUGCAAAUACUCAAGCAGAAUUUCGAAGCCAAAGCCGGAGUGGUAGGCGCAGGUGGAGGCGGUGGAGUGGCAGCGGGAGCGGGCAGUAGUUCAACCAUCUCACCGACGGGGUCGGGAGUGGCUGGAGCCAGCUCAGCGAAUCCCGUAAAGAAGACGACCAGCCACCAAUCACUGCCAUCCUCGCCGGUGGCGCAGCAUGCCAACCACGUGUCCACCGCCUCGAACUCCAACUCCUCCGCCUCCAACUCGUCCGAUUCCAGCGUAAGCGAAAAUUGUGAUCGUAAUGUAAAAGGUCUAGUGCAUAAAUAUCAAACCACUACUUCCUGCAGUAGCCAGGCGGCCACCGCGCCCACAGUCGCCUGUGCCCCACUGCCACCCGCCGGAGCCGUUAGCAACAUCAGCCACGCCUGCAGCACCACCACCACCACUAGCUUCAAGCAACGCCCGCUCUCCUACUACGACCGCUCGCUAUCAAACCGAUCGACGCACGACUACAGCGAUAGUCGACCGCCUCCUGCGCCCAUCCGCACCAGUCACAGCAGCAACACGCAACACCACCAGCAGCAGCAACAACAGCCGGAGCAGCAGCAGGUGCAAAUCCGGCGGCUGGCUCAACAUGGAAAGACGCAUCCGCUGAGCAGGCUAAGUGCUCCGAAAACAGGCUUCAACACCGCUGCCUAUAACACCAUCCUUAUCCACAUGAUCCGCUCCUUUCGCUACUCUUGGGCGGAGUACAAGAAGUGAUCCGGCACAUGGAGUUCCAAAACUAACCUGCCGAAGCCACAGCCCAAAAGUUCCCACCUUGAACACUUGUAUUUUUUGCUAUUUAUCAGACCGUAUAUUUAUAAAUAAAAAUGUGUAAUCCAAUUUAGA